AUGAAAUUUUUUGAAGAGGAAAGGAUAAGUUUAGCUGGAAAAAUCUAAAAGAAGAUAUUAAAAAACAGUGACAUAGAUAAUUCAUUAAGCAAUUAAGGUAGAAAUAGUCUUUUCUAUGAAAUAGAGCAAAAUGGUGGCACUUAAUAAGCAAAUAUUUAUAGAGGAGGUAACCAAAGAAUACAUCAUAGAUAGGCACCAAGAAGAGGAAGAGGUGGCAGAAUACCUCCUAGAUAAUAAUAAGCAGCAUAAAUACCUCCAUAGGCAGAAAAUAAUGUUUAAAAUGACAGAAGAGCAGAUUAAGUUUAAGAUUAAGCUGCUUAUAUUCCUCCAAAUCAAAGAAAUGAUGUAGAUGAAGAGAGGGAAGACUAGUAAAUGAAUGAAAACUAAAAUUAAGACAGGAAUUAAAGAGAGGAGGAAAGCAAAAUAGGUGAGGAAUCUUCUGCUGCUAAGUUAAGCAAAUAGGUUGAGGAAAAAUCUAACAAUAUUGAGGUAGAGAACAGUGUAGUAAUUGAAAAAGAAAUUGAAGGUGUUCAAUUUUCUAACUUUACUAAAAUGGUGCUUAAGCUUUUUGAGUUUUUGCAAAAUUAGGAUCAAUAUUUACAAAUUGAAGCAUAGCAGUUUGAAGUUGAUGAAAAGGACCUUAUUGGUGAUGAAUAAAAUGUUAUUUAAAAUGCUUUAGAAGUUUCUUUACUGCUAGAGGCCCACAGAAGAUAUGUUGUUGAUGAAGUAGUAGACAUUUUAAUUAUUCUCAAGAACUUCUCAAGUGUACUUGAACUUUUGCAACAGAUUCUUGGAGAUAAAUUAAAAGAUGUUAUUCAUAAGACUAUUAUUGAAAAUGAUUUGAUCUUGUAGGAUUUACUUUGUUAUUAUGCAAUUUAUUAGAUUUUUAAAGAGAAUGCAAGUGAUAGUCAGAAGCAGUUCUACAUUUUACAAGAAAACGCUUUAAAGUAGAAAUUAACUUUUAUUGUAAACCUCUAUGAAUAAAAAAUUUAUUCAGAAAACAAACAUUUUACUCAAUUUUUUGAAUAAUAAACUCAAUUUUUUCUAUAAAAUGCUAAGUAUGCUAUCACAUCCUAUUAAAUUCUUGCUACUUUUAUGAGUGUUUACACUUAGAAUAUUGAGGGUGUUCAAGUAAAAAACACAGAUAUUUAUUUAUAAAACGUAUUCACUAACAAUUCUUGGAAACUAGCAUAAAAUUCAGUUAAGAAGUUAUUAGGUUCGUUUGACAGGAUGACUGAUUUUUAUCAAAGAUUGAGCAAGUAAGAAGGCUCUUUGAUCUUUAACUUACACAGUAAUGUAAACCCUGAAGAAGGUGUAAUUUAAAUCAAGUGUGUGAACUUGCUGCAAUUUUCUGAAUUUACUUCUGAUAAAUCUAUUUUCACUGUUUAAUAAAUAGAAAACCUCAAAAAGUAUUAUCAUAAAGAGCAAUCAAGGAUAUCAGCCAAAUAGCAAAAAUCUAUCUCAGAAUACGCAGAUGAGAAUUACAAAAUAAAAUUCUUUUUCGAGGAUGGUUUAAAGCUGAAGGAAUAUCUGUUGUAAAAUGAGUUUAUCUCCGUUGACAUCUACAACUUACCUUCAAAUCUAAGAUAGCAAGACUUACAAGAAAUACUCUCUAUUGAUUUAUUUGAAAAGGUAAUCUCUAUGGUUUCUAAGUCUGACAACUAAGGUAAAAAUUAUUAUCAGCUGACUUUCAGUGAUAAAUUAUCUGCAAAGGAAUUUAUUGACAAAAUCAAUGAGUUUGAAAUUACGUUUGACCAAUAAUUCAUAUCAAUUACUCCUCAUUAAACACCUGAGUUGCAAUCUAUAACAAUUGAAUACAGUAUAGAUUUUUAAAUAGCUAAAAAUGAAGAAUUAACUUAUCUCUUGAAUACAUUGAGAAACAAUAAACAUUACCAUAGCUUAAAGAGACAGCAGAUGUUCAAACAAAUUUAAAAAUAUUUGAAAUUAAAAUCUACCAAUGAUUAUUCUGAUUUGAUUAACUUCAGAACAAGUAGCAUAAUUGAAAUUUAAAAAUUGAUAUAAAAUCUAAAGAAAGAGUAAAUAGAAGAAAUAUUUGACAUUAAACUAUUUUACUAGUUCAAUUACUUUACAAGUGUAAAUGUUUAAAAAAUUCUCUAUGACUAAUUUUAAAUUUAGUUUAAUUCUAUCAAAAAUUUCAAAUCUAACAGCAUUAGUGUAUCAUGCCAAGAAUACGCCAAAAAUUCUAAAGAAAUUCAAAUAAUUUUAUCAAGUUAAAAUUUAAAUUACUUGAAAAAAGCAGUAUCUACUAUGAACAAGGUAAUUAGACCAAUUAGACACUUGGCUCUUGAGUCAAACAAGCAGAAAGAAGUCUUUUUUAGAGAAGAUUUCAUUAAAGUCUCCAGAAAAAAAUUCACAAGACCUAAUUUCUACACAUUUUUCAGUACGAUCAAUAUGAGAUUUGAAUUCUACAAUGAAAAUCAAUUUAAUUUCACUUUCUUGAAUAACUUUGGCAAUAGCGAAACUUACAUACCUUAUGAAAUAAGUGAAAGUGUUAUUCAAGUAAUUGAAAGAGACAUAUAAACAUUUCAAAGUAAUCUCAAUUCCUACAAUAUCAAAUAAAGCUAUUACAUUCAUCCUUCUCUGCAAAAUGAAUUUUUAGAAUUCAUAAAAGAAAAAGGAAUUUCAAAGUUUAGUUAAAACGAUAAAAUUUUCGAAUUGGAGCUUACUCUUGAAAUAUUUUUGCUUUUGAAUAAGUAAAUUAUGACUUAGUUCGUUAAAGCUUCCUACUUGAAAAAGAAUGAAGAAAUCUUUAAAAGUAAGCAGUCUUCAAAACAAUUAAACUCUGAAAAGUAGUAAGAAAUGCCAUUUUGCUAAGUUUGCUAUGACUCUGACCAUAUAUUCUCUCUGUCAAAUUGCUCUUGCAGGAACUACUGCAGAGAUUGUUUGAGAGAGCAAAUUUAGAUUGAAAUCUAAGAUAAUUAUGUGCAAUUCAAGGGAAUCAUUUACUGUCCCCUAUGCAAAUAAGCUCCGAUUUCUCUCAAAGAUUUCUCUAAACUCUUCAAUUUGUAUGAAAUUCAAGCUAUAAUGUCUUAAUGGGUCAAGUGUAUAACUUACAAUUAUAGAAACUCAAAUGGAUAGAAGCAAUUUGCUCAUUGCAUUUAUCCUAAAUGUCAAGACCUAAUUACGAUUCCAUCAAAUUUAAAGCAAUUUAAUAAGACAAAUUAGAGUGAUCUGGAGAUGGAAAUUGAAACUGAGCCAAAAACACUCAAAGAAAAUGAUGAAAUAGAUAAAGAAAAUAAUCAAAAUAGCUCAGAGUGUACUUCUUCUAUUAUUUGUUAAUAGUGCAACAAUGCUCUCUGUUCCUCAAGUAUCUUUGACAACAAAAUACCUUACCACUCAGUUCACGAGUCUAGUAUAAGCUGCAUGGAAUAAUAUAACUAGCAAAGAGGUGAAAUGCCUUCAAAUGCUAAGUAUUGCCCUAGCUGUAGUUAAGUUUAUUUCCAUGAAACUGGCUGCAAUCACCUAACUUGCUAUUAAUGUGGUGAACAUUUUUGUUCAAUUUGCAAUAAAAAUUUUGGUAAGACCUAAGGUGAUAUUUAUACUCACAUUUAGGAAUGUGAAUAAAAGUAAAAUCAACCAGUAUAACCAGCUGUUGCAGAACCUGUGCCAUAAGCUGAGUAACCCUAAAUGAACCAAUAGUAGAUAUAUGAGGAACCCUAGUUUGACCAAUAGUAUAUAAAUGAGUAACUACCUUUUGCUGUAGAGCAAGCUCCUGAGCGUUUAUGGGAUGAUGAUUAGAUAGAUUAGCAAAAUAAUCAAGAUGGUUGGGGAAAUGUAUGA